CUUGCUGCUGCGUCCUAAAGUUGUUUCAGUUGUGACCUUCACAUUAUAUAAAAGUGGUCGUGAGUGUUCAGCCGUGUCGCUGAUAAAACACACAAAUGACUACAAAAAAAGGGAAGCGCUUUGGUAAAUGAGGUGCAGCCUGGAUGAUUCAGCGUCAGCCUGAAGCGACUCUCCAGCGAAAGUAUGAGACAUCCCACCGGCUGCCACUUUGCCCUCCUGCUCCUCCUCCUCCCCCUGAGCCGGGGUCAGGACUCGGGCGACGGGGGGUCGACCUGCAACCGCUGCGACUCGCGGCUCUCCUGCAACUGUUCCCACGGCGGAUUCACCCGCGUUCCCGUGGUGACGGAGCGAGCGCUGACCCUCGACCUCUCCUGCAACAUCAUCUCCGUGGUGACAGGCGACGACCUGGCGGGCCACGCGCCGCUGAGGGCUCUGGAUCUCCACGGUAACAGAUUAGCUGCGAUCCACCCGUCAGCCUUCGACUCUCUGUGGAGCCUGGAGGAGCUGGAUCUGUCUGACAACCGGCUGGCUGCUCUCCACCACCAGUGGUUCAGCAAGCUGGCAGCCCUGCAGCGGCUCAACCUGCUCAGCAACCCGUACAGCCGCCUGGGUUCUCCGGCGCCGUUCCAGGGGCUCGUCCGGCUGAGGAGGCUGGCGUUCGGAGGUCCGGCCCUGGAGGAGCUGAGGAGGGGGGAUCUGUCCGGAGUCACCCAGCUGGAGGAGUUCACCGUGCACGCCAACAACCUGGCCAGGUACGAGUCCGGUGCUUUAGCCGACAUUUGGCCGCUGGGUCACGUCACCCUGAGCCUCCACGCUCCGUUUUUGACCAACUUGGCGCUGGCCUCGGCUGUGCUCGCCGACGUUACGUACCCCGAGACGCCCAUCACUCUGGAGGACCUGCACCUGAUUGGGAAUUGGUCUGUUCAGCCCUUCAGAGACUCGGCCAGGAGGAGGAUCAGGUAUCUGUCUUUCCGUAACUUGUCUGUGUCCGAUGAGGCCACUGUCAACCUCCUGGUGGUGUUGAAUGGGGUUCCACUCACCUCCCUCUCCAUGGAUGGUGUUACACUGACGGGCGAGGGCAGGUGGGAGAAAGCCAACUGGACCGAUCACAGAAGCGUCGACGAGUUCUUCAUUCGAGACGCUGUGGUGCUGAAUGUCUUUCGGUUCGUCUCUUUUCUGCAGCUAAGGUUUUUGCUGCAAUACCCGAGGAAAGUGUCCGUCAUAAACUCCGAGGUGUUUGUGAUGCCCUGUCCCACGUCCCAGCUGCUGGUGAACCUGCAGUACCUGGACCUGUCCGACAACCUGCUGACCGACCUGACUCUGGUGGAGACGCUGUGUGAUGACACAGAAACUCUGAAGGAGCUCCGAGUUUUAAACAUCAGUGGAAAUGCUCUGAAGUCUUUGUCCACGGUGAGCCGGCUGGUUACAAAGUUCUCCAAGCUGACCCACCUGGACAUCAGCAGGACCGUCUACAGCUCCAUGCCCUCCAGCUGCCCCUGGCCCUCCACCCUGCGAUACCUCAACAUCUCUGGGGCUAAGCUCACCACCACCACUCCCUGUCUGCCCAUAACCCUGGAGGUGUUGGAUCUGAGCAACAACAAUCUCAGAGGCUUCACUCAGCGCCUGCCUGUGCUCAGAGAGCUCCACCUCUCCGGGAACAAAUUUCUGAGUUUACCGCCUGGGCAGCUCUUCCCCAGUCUGCAAACUCUGACAAUACAGUUAAACACCCUGAACAUGUUCGGCCACUCAGACCUCCAGUCAUUCAGACGACUCGAGAACCUCCAGGCGGGUCAGAACAAGUUUGUUUGCUCCUGUGACUUCGUCAACUUCCUCCAGUCGACACUUAAAGGAGACGGAGACGUCCAGUUAAGAGACGGGGAGGACAGCUACGUCUGCGACUCUCCUCUCUACCUGCAGGGGGAACCGGUGGGUCGAGUCCACCUCUCUGUGGUCGUGUGUCAUCGGGUUGUGUUUGUGUCUGUGAGCUGUGGGCUGGCGCUGUUCGUAGGGGUUCUGCUGGGUGUCCUGCUGUGGCGCCUCCACGUCUUCUGGUACCUGAAGAUGACCUGGGCUUGGCUCAAGGCCAAGCACAGCUCCCGGCGCCGGCAGAAACGCAGAGACGUCGAAGGUUCAGAAGCGUUGCUGCCGUUCGAUGCUUUUGUCUCCUACAGUGAAAGAGAUGCCAGCUGGGUGGAAAACUUCUUGGUGCCUGAGCUGGAGGAGCCGAGCGAGCUCGACUCUGGGAAUCCCAGAACCUCCCGACCGCUGACGCUGUGCCUCCACAAGCGGGACUUCCUUCCUGGACACUGGAUCGUGGACAACAUCAUGAGCGCCAUAGAGCGCAGCCGGCGGACCGUCUUCGUCCUCUCCGAGAAUUUCGUGCAGUCCGACUGGUGCCGAUACGAGCUGGACUUCUCCCACUUCUGGCUUUUCGACGGCCAGGCCGGCGGGGAGGCGGCCAUCUUGAUCCUGCUGGAGCCGCUGUCCAAGGACGACGUCCCCAAGCGCUUCUGCAAACUGCGCAAACUCAUGAGCUCCACCACCUACCUGGAGUGGCCUCAGGAGGAGGAGAGACGGGCGGAGUUCUGGAGGAGCCUCCGCAAGGCUUUGAGAGGAGGCGAUGAGGAGGACGACUGACGGAGAACGAAUGGAAAGAGGAAGAGAGAUGGACGAGGAAGAGGACGGCCAUGAAGACCAGAAGUAAAGUCAUGAGGUGGGAAAGGCUGACGCAGAAGCUUUGUACGCUUUGAUGAGUCAAAAAUGAGAAAACAGGAGGGAAAAAGUGUUUCCUUUUCAAUUAAACGUUCUCUUGAUUUCUAAAAUACUUAUUCGUCUAAAGCAGGGGUGAGAAAUCCUGGUCCUCG